CCAUGACCGUACUGUGGCAGCUACGGUAGCAGCUAAAGACUGUGCCGGUGAACGACCCACCUUUCAUUCGACAGAAUUCAACAACACCACAAGUCACCCUGAAGUACAGCAGUCGGAGCAAGUGCUAUAGUGUUACAUCUGCUUGUAAUUGAAACUGACUUCAUCGGGCUAUGCUGCCAACGAUGGAACUUGGACUGGGAGGAUUGCGGCUCCUUGGGACCCUUUUCGUGCUACUGCACGGCCCGUUGACUCUCCCCCACGCCACUUUCCUCGCCUGGGCCUCCUCUCCGCGCGGUUCUGGCGGCAGCAACAACAACGGAAUAAGCGGGGGCAACGUGCAGGGCCCGCAGCUGACGAGCGAGCUGCCGUCGCGGCUGCUCUUCUCCAACUCGUCCGGCGGCAGCCUGCCGUGCUCGGCCACGGGGCAGCCGGCGCCGACGAUUCGCUGGCUCACCGAGGACGGAGACGAGGCGGCCGACGUGCCCCGGCUGAGGCACGUGCGCCAGGGGGACGGCUCCCUGGUGUUCCUGCCCUUCCGCGCCGACCAGUUCCGCCGGGACGUGCACGAGGCCCGCUACCGGUGCUCGGCCAGCAACGCCAUCGGCACGGUGGUCAGCCCGCAGGUCCACGUCACCGCUGUUCUUGACACCAACUACGACAUGCGGUUCUCGGACAAGCACGUGGUCGCCGGCAAUCCGGUUUUGCUUCAGUGCCCCAUCCCCAGCCAUUUGGGGGACCACGUGUUCGUGACGUCAUGGCAGCGAGUCGACGGGUACGUCAUCACAAGGAACACGCAUGGAGAUGACUACAUAGUGACGACCGACGGGCAGCUCUACAUCCGGGAGACGCGCGACGCCGAGGAACUGCUGCGCUACCGGUGCCACACAGAGAACACUCUCACCCGGAGGAAGAAGACGAGCUCAAACUUCGUACGCUUGCUCCUCAGGGAGCCAGUGACGAUGCAGAUGCCAUCCAUUGUCCACCGAAGCAGCAGGGUGCAGAGUGAUCCAGGCCAGCCCGUGGACUUGCUUUGCGUGGCCGAAGGUUUUCCGGUUCCAGGUUACAGCUGGUACAAGCGCGACGGUCAACGGAUGCUGCCCCUAGAGCCCAGUAUGGACGUGCGACAGGCGGCCGGCGUUCUGCAUUUUCGCGAGGCGGAGGCCAGCCAUGCCGGCACCUACGUAUGCCUCGCCUCUAAUAGCGUCGGCGAGGCGCAGGUAGACCUAGAGCUCGUCGUCACCCCCAAGCCGUGGGUGACAGUUAGCCCGGCGCACGUGAGGACCGAGGUGGGUCACGCCGCUGCAUUCCGCUGCAAUGCAUCCGGCCUCGACUGGGGCGUGCUGGACGAAACGAGCCUCGAGUGGCGCCACAAUGGUCGACGCCUGAUGCCGUCCACGCAGCAAGCUGCAGGAAUGGGCCGCUCCCGCGUUCUGCAUCUUCCUUCGAUCCGGCGCCAGGAUCAAGGGAUGUACCAGUGCUUCGUCCGCCUGUCACCCAAGCGCACCGUGCAGGCGGCUGCAGAGCUCAUCGUCGGUGAUCAAGCGCCCAAGCUCAAGUCAACCUUUGAGGAAACGACAGUACGCCCGGGAAAGCCCGUGUCACUGAGUUGCGUUGCAUCCGGGGACCCUCCUCCUCGCAUCACGUGGUUGCUGGAUGGCGUGUGGCCCAUCGAUUCCCGGCAUGGCCGUGUUCGUGUUCGAACGACGGGUGCGGACGCCAGUUCCGGCAUCAGUGGAGCUGAGGUGUCCAGCACGCUGUCCAUCUCGUCGGCUGAGGUCCAAGAUGGCGGAUCGUACUCGUGCGAGGCGUCUAACUAUGCCGGCGUGGCUUCGCACUCGGCUCGCAUCAACGUGUACGGCUCGGUUUACGUGCGAGCGCUCGGCAACCUGUCGGCGCUGGCAGCAGGCACCUUCUCGGUACAGUGUCCGUUCGGCGGUUACCCCUUUGGACACGUCUACUGGGAGAAAGAUGGAAGGCGGCUCCCGCUGAACCAACGCCAGACGGUGUUCCCAAACGGGACGCUGCAGAUCCAGGGCACGGAUCGCGAGCACGACCAGGGCGAGUACACGUGCACCGUGCAUGGACCGGACUCCCAGAUCGUCCACCGAACCAUCUCGCUCCACGUGCGCAGUGGACCGCAGAUCACGCCCUUCGCUUUCCAGGCGAACUUGCACGAAGGCGUGCGCGCGGGCCUCACCUGCCUGGUGCACGCCGGCGACCCUCCCAUUCGCGUCGAGUGGCUGCGGGACGGCAAGCCGCUGGUGCCCGGCGCCCACGCCGACGUGUCCAUCAUGACCGACGAGGGCGGCUUCGUGUCCACACUGACGUUGAAGCGCCUCUCGUCGCGACAGAACGGCAACUACACGUGCAGGGCCACCAACCAGUACGCGUCCGCCGAGCAUUCCGCCGAGCUGCUUGUCAAAGUGCCCCCGUCGUGGACCAUGGAGCCGAACGACACGACAGCCGUGUCUGGACGCUCGGUGUACAUCGACUGCCAGGCCAGCGGCGUGCCCCAGCCUCACAUUCGGUGGAAGAGCGCUGCAGAGCCGGAAAGUCCAGCGUCCCAGUUCCGCACCAUCAUCAGCAACUCGCACAUCCACAUACUCGUCAAUGGAACGCUCAGCAUCCGCAGCGUUGAACCCGGAGACGCGGGACUCUAUCUCUGUGAAGCUUCUAACGGCGUUGGAUCCGGAAUCAGCCGGGUUCUCCAGCUCACCGUCCGCAGCGCGCCUCGGUUUUCCAGCAAGUUCGCAACUGUGUCUGUGCGGCGAGGCGAGAGCAGCGAGGUAAUUUGCCCAGCUCAGGGAGACUCACCCAUACGCUUCCACUGGCUCAAGAACAAUCUACCGCUGAACGUAUUGAAGGACCACCGGUACUCUAGAGUGGAGGACAGAAGUGGUGACAUCACGACAUCGAAAAUCACCGUUCAGCAUGCGGAGAGAUCAGACAACGGCGUCUUCACAUGCCAAGCAGCCAACGAGUUCGGUGAAGACUCGACUAGCAUUCAGCUCACUGUGCAAGACGUACCGGACCCUCCGAGUGACGUAGAUGUUCGUGAAGUCGGAAGCCGCACGGCCCGAGUCACGUGGUCGGUUCCAUUCACGGGAAAUUCACCCAUCACGCAGUACGUCCUCCACUGGAAGACAACUGACGGCCUUUGGCAGGACACUCUCACGGUCUCUGGGUUGGAAACAAAGGCAACGGUGCGUGGACUGCUGCCGACGACUACCUAUCAUCUGCGCGUGCGCGCUGACAACAUUCUUGGAAUCAGUGACUACAGCACACCUGCCGAGUUCACCACAUCUAAGGAACCUCCUCGGUUUCCACCGAAAAACGUCCAGGCGACAGCGAUGAAUACGAGGACCGUCUCUGUGUCUUUUGACAAUCCCAGGCACACAAAAGCGGACGACCAGGUGGAGGGGUUCUACGUGGGCUACCGCGAGCUUUCCAGCCUAGACGCGUUCACCUUCAAGACGUUCGACACCUCCCCGCCGCUGCUUUUGGCUCCCACCAGCCACGACCACGCCUCUGGUCAGAGCGAACUGGGGGCGGCCGGUGCGGCAGCGGAGCCACCGCCCCACCGGCUAAGCUACGAGCUCACGGGAUUACGCCGCUCCACGGAGUACGCAGUCACCGUGCAAGCUUUCAACGCCAAAGGUGCCGGACCCCAGUCGGAGGUGGUCAGAGUGCGGACCUUAGAUUUUGACCCACCGGGUGCCCCACACUUGCGGAUAGGCGGAACUACGGCUCGGUCCAUAUCCGUCAACUGGGAGAAUGAACAUCUUCAGGAGGCCCCAAUCACGGGUUUCUCGUUGUACUACAAAGUGGAAGGGAGCGCGGGCAGUGAGUGGCACGAAGUCUCUGUGCCGCACGACCGCCGGGCCUUCACGCUAACGGACCUGCAGUGUGGCACCGAGUAUCUCGUUUACAUCCGGGCCGCUAACCGCGCCGGCAAGGGACCCCAGGGGGAGACAAUCAGCGUGCGGACCAACGGAGGACGGCCAGUGGAGCCCGACCCAGGUCGUUUGUUCGAGAUCAACUCGACAUUCGUGGUGCUGCACUUGGACGCCUGGGAGAGCGGGGGCUGCCCGGUCUCCUACUUCGUCGUCCAGUAUCGACCCGAAGCGCGCACCGCUUCCCCGCUGUCCACCUCAACCGAGUGGACGCUUCACUCGAACAAUGUGGUACCGCAGCAGCAGCUCGUGCAGCUCGCAGACCUGGCCCCGGGUUCCUGGUACACGCUUCUCAUGUCGGCCCACAACGACGCGGGCUCCACUGAGGUGGAGCUGAGCUUUGCCACGCUCACGCUGACGGGAGAGCUGCCUUCCCGCAGCUACGAGCUGCUGGACCCCCAGGUGACCUUCUACCGGCACCUCACUGUGACUGUGCCCAUCGUGAGCGCCAUUGUGGUCCUGGUCAUCGUAGUGGGCGUUGUCUGUGUCAUCCUGCGGAGACGAAAUUACGACCCCCGCCAGCGCAUCGGUGAUGAAAUGGUGGUUGCAGAGUGCUGCGACGCCAGCAAGGGGGACUUGAUGCUGGCCGUGUCUCACGAGUCCCAAGCGAGGGAACCCGUCUACUACCCUGCGCCUUACACCACGCACAACAGAAGUGGCGCGGCUGCUGGCCCCGGAAGCGGUCAAUGCAACAACGUAGCUGGAUCCCGGGAAAGUGCCGGGGCGGACGACCCUAAAAGCCGCACAUACGACGUGCCCUAUCCCAUCAAGAGACUAGAAAUGUGGGAGCCAAGUCCAGCGGAGCUGGUGACGUGCAUGGAAGUCUACGAAAAAGCAGGCCAAGAAGCAAUCUACAGAAGCUCGCCGUUCCACAUAUCGAAGCCGAAGGCGCGCAGAACGAGAUGGAGGGACGAUGGUGACAGAAGUUCCGGGAGCGAGGAGAACGACCCUGAGGACCUGCUGGACGAAGAGCGUGGUGGCACCAUGCCUCAGACGCUCAUUGUGCCUCUAGACAAGUUCUCGUCCUGGGACCUCGACCCCGCCAGGGAGGACACGAUCCCUUCCUGGAAGAACUACCCAAGCGCCUACGAAGCGACGAGCGUUCGAUGUGCGGGAGAGUACACGUCGAUAACGUAGGCUCGACGCCAGCAGAGUGCCUUUCAGUGACGGUUCAUGUUCCUGCACAGACUGCUUUCAGCGAAAGGACCGCACCGAGUGGCUCGUCUAUCUGUGACAAAAAAAGAUAUACGCCUAUACCACGUGCAACCAGCAAAGAACUAUGAGUGCACCCGUUGACUUCACAUAUUUUGUCUUCACACAUUGCGUCGAAAGACUGGUGGGCAGACAGGACCUGUUCUUUUUUCUAUGUAACUGGCUGCCAUUGUUUUGCACGACGUACUCCGGACAUUGACGUACGUAUAAAGCAAAUUACUACAACCUAUGGUAAAUAAACGAGACGAAACAA